GCCCCGCCCCGCUGCGGCUAGGCGCCGCCGAACUGUCCCGCCUGCGCACACGUGCGGUCGCAGCGAUGGCGGACCCCCAGCUGCAGCUAGUGGCCCAGCGCAUCCGCAGCUUCCCAGACUUCCCCACCCCGGGCGUGCUGUUCAGGGACAUCUCGCCCCUCCUGAAGGACCCCACCUCCUUCCGCGCUGCCAUCAGCCUCCUGGCGAACCACCUGAAGAAGACCCACGGCGGCAAGAUCGACUACAUCGCGGGCCUGGACUCUCGAGGCUUUCUGUUUGGCCCCUCCCUGGCCCAGGAACUUGGCUUGGGCUGCGUGCUCAUCCGAAAGCGUGGAAAGCUGCCGGGCCCCACAGUGUCCAUCUCAUACACACUGGAAUACGGGAAGGCUGACCUGGAAAUCCAGAGAGAUGCCCUGGAACCAGGGCAGAAAGUGGUAGUCGUGGACGAUCUGCUGGCCACUGGUGGAACCAUGCGUGCAGCCUGUGAACUGCUGGGCCAGCUGCGGGCCGAGGUGUUGGAAUGCCUGAGUGUGGUGGAGCUCACCUCGCUGAAAGGCAGAGAGAAGCUGGGGGCCGUGCCCUUUUUCUCCCUCCUGCAGUAUGAGUGACCUCGAUACCCUGCUCCACACCAGCUAGAAAAAGGAGAGGUCCGGACUCUGUGGCUACACUGACCUCCACUUGCUGUCCACUUGGACUUUUUAUCCAUUUCUGUGGUCAAGUUACUAUCCAGCACCCAGGUCCUUCCUGCAGGUUCUGGAAGUGCAGAGGCCUGAAGCCGAUAGCCCAGGGCAAAGCAAGCCCCAGCUGCUCAGGUUUAUUUCCAAUGAAAUAAGAACAUGAUUAAUCAACUUU